AAACACACCACCCACCGCACGCGCCAUCUUCUAUUUGGUAGCUGAACCAAACAUUGUGUGAAACCUCUGUCGGAGUAGUGAAAUAUCUGUCCAAAACUCGGCUUUUUAAGCUAUACAGAACAAUGAGUGAUACUGAGGUUGGAAAUUACGACAGGCGGGUUAUUGAUCGUGAAGGAUUUGAAGAGUUUUAUCCAAGAACGUUGAAGACAAAAUUUCAAGAUAAAAGAAGGCUAAUGAAAACAUGUACAGAGCAGAACAUAGAAGUGGAAAGGGAGAAAAUGUGACGGAAGACUGGUGUCAGAUAGACGCGCUUGCAGUGUAAUGGCUAAAAUGAAACUGGUGUCAGUUUGGGUGAAGAGAGGAAAAACAGACCUGGAAUCAGAAAAUGAGAAAACUGAAAAAAGAAGAACGAAGAAGGAUAGAAAACCUGAGAGAAGGGAGUAGCGUGUAAAGAAUCUGGAAGAAUGAAUGUGUCCCUUGGGGUCACGCUCCCCAUCGAAAUCUGAUCAUGGGAGUCCAGUUCGGGUGAGGUCUGUGAGCAGGUCUGGCACCCCGAGUCCAUCCCGGGCUUCCAAACACUCUGAGUCCAGAUCCCACUCUGGGUCAAAAUCUAGGUCUCGUUCUAGGCGGUACUCAAACCGGCGCCACAGCCGUUCACGCUCUCGUUCUUCUUCCCAUCGAAGGCAGUCCCGCUCUCGUUCCUACAGCCCCGAAUCCCGCCGCAGAAAGAGCCAGAGCAAUUCCCCUAUGUCAAGCCGGCGCCGUCAAACCGGCAGCAGGAACCAUGACGACACAAAAGAAGCAAACAGUCAUGGUGGUGAUGCUGAUGUUAGGGCGAACCCUGACCCAAGCAAAUGUUUGGGGGUGUUUGGCUUGAGCCUGUACACCACAGAGCGGGACCUGAGGGAAGUGUUUUCGCGCUACGGUCCUCUGGCGGGGGUCAAUGUGGUGUACGACCAGCGCACGGGCCGCUCCCGUGGCUUUGCCUUUGUUUACUUCGAGAGAAUAGAUGAUUCCAAAGAGGCAAUGGAGCGAGCCAAUGGCAUGGAGCUGGACGGGAGGCGCAUCAGAGUGGAUUUUUCCAUUACCAAACGUGCACAUACCCCAACACCUGGAAUUUACAUGGGCCGACCAACUCAUAACGGUGGUGGGGGUGGCGGAGGUGGAGGUGGAGGCGGAGGCGGAGGUAGCAGCAGCAGGCGUGGGAGAGACUCUCAUUACGACCGCGGCUAUGACCGCUAUGACAGAUAUGAGGAUUGUGAAUAUAGAUAUAGUCGUAGACGCUCUCCAUCCCCUUACUACAGUCGAUACAGGUCUCGCUCGCGGUCCCGCUCCUACAGCCCACGGCGAUACUAAGUUGCUCCUUUGGGUGUGCAGCUUCCCUCCGAUAACACUGAUGGUGUGUGAUUCAACAAGGUGUUUCUGUUGGGGACAUUUUCAAUCAGCAUGUGUUUGUCAACAGAUUAAGUCCUGCAUAUGACAUAGUUCUUGUUUACAUCAAAUAGAUUUCUUAAUUUUUUUAACAUUUUGAUGCUUCUUUGAUGAGUGUGAGCAAAGAACCGAGGAACUAUUGGAAUUCAUUAGUUGAUCCCUGCUUCCCCCUUCAUUUCCUCAGACAAUAACGCCUUUUUUUCUGUCAGGUUUUUGUUCAUUAGAUUUGUUGCUCCCAUUUCUGUCCGGCAAAUAACAUAGGAACCCCUCACUUCACUUCAUUGUGUUUGCCGUUGAAUCUACAGCUACACAAUCCUCUACCACAGCAACAGAAAAACACCUAUGCUUGACUGUUCACUCAUGUUCUUUCGGGAUAAUUGUUUCCUAAUACUCAAAACCAGAUCCCUACUAACAUAGAGUUAGGAAGUUAGCAUGCUAGUUAGCUUAUACUCAACCAAAGCCAACCAAAGACUCAUCUGCAGUCAACAAGGCUUUUGUUGUACAGAAGUGUGAAAGAUUUUGUCAGAAGUGAAAACCAUCUUUUAGAAAGUCUAUAUUGUAGACAUUGUAUUGCAGUAGUGGGCCGGCUUUAUUCAUUACCCUUCAACUUGAAUCUGUUGCAAACCAAGUAUAUUUUGAUAAGGUCAAACAUUGCAUCAUCAUUCAUGGCUAGCAGCAACAAUUGUGGUGUGUCGAGGUUGAUCCUACCUCACAAAGUGAUGUGGUUCCUUUGUUAAAAACCAAACAAAGAGAACUUCCUGCUCUAAUAAAUCUGACUUGAUCUCAGAGAAUCCCAACUUUUUUUAUAAUGCACAUUUAUAAAUGUAUAGUCUGAGAAUAUUCAAGGUUUAUUUCUUCUUUCAUCUGGCCCUGAUAAGACAUCUUCAUGCCCAGCCAUGUCAUGAUAUAAAAAGAACAUUGUUUAGUAAAUGAUCACUAUUACAGCCUAUCUUCAAUAAGACUAACAAUAAACACCUUGUUUAUACAUUCAAACUAACAGAUUCAUUGAAGCUAACACAAACUCAGUUUACUCAUAUGUAGCAAGCCGAGCUGUACAAAAAAACAAAGUUGGUUCUCGGCUCACAUUCAGUCUACUUCUUUUGUCAUAGGAGUCAUGUUUGAGUUUCUCCAGACUUUUAUUAUCAUGUAUGACAUUUUUUUAUGAUUGUUUCUUUAUAUGGUAAUACAAAUACAUGAAAACUCCAAAGUG